AUGUUACUAGGUGGUCAUGAUAAAGAAUAUGUUCAUCGUGAUACACCGAUGAAUAAUCCUGAUGUUAAGUUUGAUUUUACUCCAGAAAAUUAUAAACGUGUUGAGGCGAUUAAAGCCAUAUAUCCAGAAGGACAUCAAGCAGCCGCUGUCAUACCAUUACUCGAUUUAGCUCAACGACAACAUGGUUGGUUACCGUUGACAGCUAUGCACAAAGUAGCUGAAGUAUUAAAUAUGCCAAAAAUGAGAGUCUAUGAAGUUGCUACAUUUUAUACAAUGUUUAAUCGUGAUCCAAUAGGUAAAUAUCAUAUUCAAGUGUGUACAACAACACCCUGUUGGCUAUGUAACAGUGAUGGUAUUUUGAAAUGUAUUGAACGAAAAUUAGGUAUUCAUGUAGGACAAACAACUAAAGAUGGUCUAUUUACGUUAUCAGAAGCAGAAUGUUUGGGAGCAUGUGUCAAUGCUCCAAUGCUAUCUAUCAAUGAUGAUUACUAUGAAGAUUUAACUGAACAAGAUAUGGAACAAAUUUUAGAUGAAAUCAAACAAGGCAAAAAGCCAAAAGCAGGACCAAGAAAUGGUCGAAGAUAUGCAGCUGAACCAUUCGACAAACUUUCAUCGUUAACAGAAGAACCGAAAGGACCGGGAUUUGGUAUAAGAUCCGAUUUAUAA